AUGAUUGGUAUACAAAGUUUACUAUUGAAAACCAGUUUGAAAUAUAGAAGCAAAGCAUACGAUCCCGAGCUAUUACCACCCAUGCCUUCAAUCAAACAGGAAGUAAGCAGAAAUUUACCAAGACGAAUGAGUUCAUCAUUUUGUAUUACUGAACAUUAUGACUAUUCUCGUCAUGGAAGUGAAGGAACUAAUAGUAGCGGUGGGUAUUUGAUGGUGUAUGACUGGUUCGUCUGGUGUAAAUGCUAUCUCAUAGUGCUCAUCAAACAGGCAAUGCGAUUUUUCGAUGUUCAUUAUCGUCGGCCAGGAUUGUUCUGGCAAUGGAGGAAUGAAUCAUCUUAUUGGAAAUUUCUUGGUGUGUUUACUGUGGCAGUUGGUUUCCUAACUGCUAUAUUUAACAGGAUGACAACAACAACAACAACAACAACAACAACAACAACAACAGCAUCAGCAUCAGUAUCAGUAUCAGCACUGACGUAUGCUAACACUUUAGGCAUCUUGGGGUUGUUCAUUGAAAGUCUACUCCCACUACCGCAAAUACUAAUGUUAAGCAGAUUACAGCUGGUUGAAAAUUUUAAAGUUAUAUUACUAUUAUCUUGGUUAGGUGGAGACUGCACCAAGAUAUCUUACUUAUUAUAUGGCACAAACGAUAUUUCUCCAAUUUUUAUUUGUGCUGGAUUAUUCCAAAUGCUGUUGGAUAUAUAUAUUGCUUUUCAAUUUGUAACAUUAAAGUACUUUUACGAGACAUGGUGGGGUCAUGGAAAAAGCGGGCUGCAGCUGCAGCUGCUUGGUGGUGGCAGUGACGGUGUAGCAUUAGAAAAUAGCAAUAUCGUCAACAAUGACGAUUUUGUCAACACAUUGUUUUUUAAUUCAACAUUGAAUGAUAUAGAAAUGAAUGUUUUAAAUGGUAAAGAGUUUGAUAGAGAGGAUUUCAAAUCUGAUUCAUCAUUAAGUUCGUAUUAA